AUGCCCUACUUCUGGAGAGGAUUCUUGGUAUGCCUGAAUACUAAUAAUAGUCAUUUUCUUCUAGAUUCAUGCACAUACCAUCCAGGUGUGCCAGUCUUUCAUGAUGCUCUCAAAGGUUGGUCAUGUUGUAAGAGAAGAACAACAGAUUUUUCUGACUUCUUAAGCAUUGUGGGCUGUACAAAGGGUCUGCAUAACAGUGAGAAACCUCCUGAGCCUGUCAAACCAGAAGUCAAAACUACCUCUGAACGAAAGGAGCUGGCUGAACUGAAACCCAAAUUUCAAGAACACAUAAUUCAGGCACCAAAACCAUUGGAAACAAUUAAAAGGCCGAGCCCAGAUGAGCCAAUGAUAAAUUUGCAGCUGAAAGUGUCAGCUUCCUUGAAGCAAGCACUAGAUAAGCUGAAACUGUCAUCAGAAAACGAAGAGAAAAAAGAGGAAGACAGUGAUGAAAUCAAGAUUGGGACGGCAUGUAAAAAUGCAGGCUGUUCAAAAACGUACGAAGGACCACACAGCACAGAAGAAGUAUGUAUAUACCAUUCUGGUGUACCUAUAUUCCAUGAAGGGAUGAAGUAUUGGAGCUGUUGUAAAAGAAAAACAUCUGACUUCAAUACAUUUUUAGCUCAAGAAGGCUGCACAACAGGAACACAUGUAUGGACUAAAAAGGAUGCGGAAAAGAAAGUAGUUCCAUGCAGGCAUGACUGGCACCAGACUGGAGGAGAAGUGACUAUUUCUGUAUAUGCUAAAAACUCUCUUCCUGAUCUGAGCUACGUAGAAGCAAAUAGCACAAUGGUAAAUAUCCAUAUUGUAUUUGAAGGAGAAAAGGAAUUUCAUCGCAGCGUGAAAUUAUGGGGAGUAAUCGAUGUAAAGAGGAGUUAUGUGAACAUGACUGCUACAAAGAUUGAGCUUACUAUGAGAAAAGCAGAGCCCCUAUUAUGGGCAAGUCUUGAAUUACCGGUAUCCAACACACAACAAAAAAAAGAUAAUUCAGAUCAAUAAUGAUUCCAAGAGACGAGUUAUUUCCCAUUAUGAAGUGGUGACUUGCUACUGUAAUCAAAUAUUUAACUUUUAUAGAGAUUCUUUUUUUUUAUGCUAGAUCAUAUGUUCCAUUCUACGAAGAAAUUUGAUGCACAGUAAAUGGGGGUGUAAACUUAAAGGGUAAUAGCUAUUUCUGCUCUUGCUCCCAUGAGUGUAUUUAUUCUAGUCGGAGUGUCUCCAUGGGGAUUUAGCGUAAAAGAGCUAUUGCCCUUUGCUUACAGCCUUACCUACCCUGCACUGACUCUCCAAAUAGAUGUGCUCGCAGUCCACUCUGUGUGUUAAUUUUUCAAGUGUUCAGUUUAGAAUGGAUCUACUGGGUAGCCCAUGUUAAAUUCAGCACUGUUCAUUAUGAAGCGUACAGUAAAACAAAUACAAAAAUCUGAGUUUAUGAAGUAAUAAACAUGCAAUUCUGCAUCUAGAAUAAAAAGGUACAUAAACGUAAAUAUGAAAAGAGCACUUGUUGAUUUGCAUUUUUGACUUCUGAAACUAAGGCUUGUUUUAAUACCUGUUGGCUAUGGAGGGAUGGAAUAAAAGGUAUUUUGCUAAGGAUUUCAGUACUUGCUGACUCUUACUGUCUUUCAUGUAUAAAAGCAGGAAAUCAGGUUAAAAUAUAACCAAAGUUGGCAAGAGGGAAUUUUUUUUUUCCUACUGUACCUUUGAUAUUUGGAUUGUUAAAUAUGAAAGUAAGUGGACGGUGAAAUGGCUGAAUAACUUAAAAUCUCAGCUGUGGAGAAUACGCAAACAGCAGAGUAUUGUAAAAUUACCAAGGUGCUGUAUAUAUUUGACAGGCUUUAGAAUGUAUAUUCUGUCCUAUUCUGCAGCAUUCAAAAUUACAAAUCUUUUUUCCAAGUGGGUGGAUAUGUGUAGUGGGAGAAGCUAGUACACACUGUAGGUGUCUCAGGAAAAUUGUCCUGUAGAUAUGCAUGGCUCUUGUUUCUGAGGAUGGUGAUCUAAGAACUAAAUUUAUCUACAGGACAAAUCUUAGGAGAAACAAACAACAAGCUUUAAAAUGUCUGUCUCAAAUCAUAAUUGUACCUUUGAAUGAAGAUAUUUAAAAAAUAUUUCUUUUGAACGUUAUAAGCAAAACACUGCAAUUAGAAAUCAAGAUCUUAUUUUUGUUUUCAGUUUCCAUCGGUAAGGAUUUGUGGCUGGAAACAGGAUAGUUUUAAAGAUGAGACUUUUAUCCAAGCAGCGACACAUGCUGUAAUGUUGCUUUCUCUUUCUGCCUGCAGUAGUUUCUUAGGUUUGGGUUGCAGCUGAAAGAAAAAACAUGUUUUCGUAUAUGUCAUGCAAAAUGUACACCAUCAUUUGUUGUGCCAAAACAUAUAUAUGUAAACAAGCAGUCCUGUGGACUGUUGGAAUGUGUGGGUGCUCAUCUGCCUACCUUGGCCGACCUGGAGUAACACCAAGAGAAACGCAGAGCGUAGUAAAGGCAUUCUCAAGUUAAACGUGGAUUUCUAAGAACCUUACUGCUUUCCAGCAGAGGUAAUUUGACUUGAGCCCAGAGUUCUGUCUCCAGCAGUACUUGAAAUCUUACUUCAUGCUUAAAAUAGUAGGAAAUACAUUACCAAAGAAACCAUCCUCAAAAACCAAGAAAGUAACACCAGUGCUGUAUAUAUAACAUUUGGUUUGGUGCUUCUUCACCUUCAUUUUAAGAUCCUGUCUCCUCUUGGAGCGAGUGUGGUUGCUUGCUCCCUUGGGCCCCUGCUAAAAGUUCCAGCUUAAGUUCUGCCUGAAAGAUUCUGUUAACCUCUAAUAAUGCUGCCUUUUUUUUUUUUUUUUUUUUUUUAAAUAAACUUGAAAAUGUCAGGUGCUGUGAAGUGAUAGGGUACAAGCUUACCAAAAUGUAUGCCUGCAAAUGGUCCUCUAAAAAUUGAACAGAUGUUCCCUGAUGUGUUCUGAACCAACACAUGGAGCUCUUAUUAGUGUAAUACUGAGACCAGUCACUUCAGUGGGUGACAGAUUUGGGAUAGCUGUAGCUAUGAGCCUGCCACCUGUGGUUUUGUGUGCAGAACUCUGAACUUGGACAGCAAAAUGAGCAGUGUUUAAGUGCCAGGAUAAAGUUCUUAUUUAACAAGCAAGUUCAAAUGUGUGUCUAUCCAUAUGGAUACAUAAACACUCUAAAUCUUCCACAUUUUUUAAUGUAUUUUCAAUUUAUUUGCAUCCUCACAUGCAGUUGGCUUACAUCACGUCAAAUCCGUUUUAAAAAACUGCAAGGGAAAUGGAAUUUCUUGGGAAAACAGAGUUUCUAGUUUUAAGGAAGUCACAUUCUCCCUCAGUAUGCUAAAUGCUAAGCGGGGAGAAAUGUGGAUGGAUGGACGGACCUUCUGCUGUCUGUGCUGCUGGCUGUGGGACCCCGUAACUGCUUUGUUAGGCUCUUCCAAACCACAUUCUGCUGGUAGCUGGGUCAGCUUGGCCAGAAGUAGAAGACAGGUCCUAUAAAUAUGGUCCUCAGUUUUGCUUUUGCUUUUUAGUCGUUCCUCCUACUCUUUUCCUGUUCAUACUUUCAGCACAAAAUUAAAGAUCUUUCAGGAGUUCCAUAAUGACUUUGCCUAUCAGUGGCAAUAAAACCACUUUUAAAAUUCACCCGUUUAAAAGAAGUAAGCAAACAGAAGAGAAACCAAACAAACCAGCUUCGAUCAGGCAAGAAGGUAGAGGUUUUACAGAUAAUAGCCCAGUUUUCUGUGGCCUGUGGCCUUGUUCAGAAUAAAAGGAUAAACUUUCAGCUGGUAUGGAUUGCCCUAAGUCUCUUGUUUAACUGCAUUAAUUCGUAGCAGCUUUUUAUACCCAUAUGCCCGCAUCCAUCAUGGGGCUGCAAGAGCUGUACCACUUACUGGAGCGUUGCGAGCAGUUGCUCGGAACGGGCUUCGGCGCAGCAGUGUUUGAUCCCGGUGUUGCAUGAAAUGACAUCUCGACGUGGGUAGUGGCAGCUGAUGCUCCGACGGAAUAUUGGUUUGGCCGUAACUUACGUUAGUGAACGUGGAGAGAAGGGGAAACCACCGGUAGCGUGCCAAACCCAACACAAUCCUUUCCUAAAAGCAAGAUUUGGAAAUGAAGCUAUGUGAUUUUUGAUGACAUAGGCAUUCACCUGUCUAAUAAUAGUGAAACUGUUAUUAAUUAACUGUGAGCAAGCAUGUACUGGAACACUUGCUGCUGAAUUUACCCAUUUUUUCCUGCUUUCAGAAGUUGUGCUGUGGUUAAGGAGUUGGGUAGCUUGAUACAGUCUAGCUCUAUACUGAAUGAGUCCUUCAGAGCUAUAGUGUGUGUCAGUCCGGGUUUACUGUUCCAUGUGCAGACAGGCUGUUACGUGUCUCCGAACUGACCGUCCAGGGGCACGUAAGGCUUCCUUCACAAUCCCUUUUUAAUAUGAAAAAUGGCCUGGGUAUACAAGUUUGUGACAGAAAGUGGAACUCAUUUCCCUCAUGUAUAAGCCCGUUUUCCUGCCUAGCAUUACGUGUUAUAUCUGUCACAACAUUUCUUAGAGGAGUUGGGAUUUAUUUUUAAAGUUAACAUCCUGUUAAGCACCGGGCUGUUCAGCUACUCCGACUCUUAGGUUUUACAGGGCAUUGAUGCAGCUUGUCAAAAAAACCUUCCACUGGAUGAUCUUCUGGAACAUGUACAUUAUCAAGUCACCAUUUCAGUAGUUUAGGGACUAGUUUUACUAGGAAUUUUGCCUUGGAAAAAAAAUCUACUUAUUCUACGGAACGAUGCAUUUUUUGCUUGCAUUCUUUAAACAUGGCAUGAGUGUUGGUUAAAUACUGUACCCGUUAAUCAUUGGUCUUUCCCUGUUGCUACUAAAAUUAUUUUAUCUCUGUUCAGGAACGAGAUCCUUUUUAAAGUAAUGAGUUAUGUGUCUGGAACACUGUUUUAAGGUGGUAAUAAUUUUGCCAUCAUAAGAGUCUUGAAUUACAGCUGAAGGGGGGAGAUGUCUUUUUGCAUGGUUGUUUGAUUCCGCACCUUCAUAAAACUUAUACGCAGAAAUUAAUCUCAU